UCCUUCCCUUCAAGUCAUUUGAGUCACGUAUCUCAUAUAGUAACGUGGCAAUCGAAUUGCCUUCGUUUUGUUAUUGUUUUGAUCUUGACUGAUCACCCACCAUGGAUGUUGUAACAGCUAUAGUCAAGUAUAAUCAACAAACACUUGGUAGAGACAAGUUGUGCAGGACAAUUCAGUAUGGGUCAAGGCUAUCUGGGUAUCUCUUGGAGAAAGCUGGGGCAAGUAAAGACCUCAUUCAAAAUGCUAAGAACUUGGACAAACAUGCGAGCACUUCUAGGAAAAUUUUCAGGCUCGGCAAGAGCUUGGACAUGUACAUAGGAUUUGUAAAAGCCAGUUCUAUAUCCCAUGAUAAUGUCCUGCGUGUUCUCAUUAUGUGUCGACGCAUGACAUACGUCGUAUAUUACCUGAUUGAUCACAUGACAUGGGCAGCAAGAGUAGGCUUGAUUAAGUCUGACCCCAAGUCAUGGUCCAAGUUCCAAGCCAAGUUUUGGAUAAUUGCCUUAGUAUUUAGUCUUCUAAGAAACAUUUACGACCUGAUGAACUUGCUAUUUGCACCAAAGGAGAAAGUUGAUGGAGAAAAAGCGAUUCAGAAGUCUCCAGCCCAGAAAGUGAUGCAACGACCUGACAUGGUUCUUGAUUUGGUCAAGAACUCUGCCGACUUUCUACUCCCAUUCAAUGUGCUUGGUAUCGUUCAGCUAAAUACUGGCACAUCAGGCUUGCUUGGACUUAUUUCAUCUAUUGCAGGGUCCUUACCCAUAUGGUAUCCUGACCUUAAACUCAAACCUUCAUAAUACUCUGAAUUAUGAAAGGUGAACUUUCUUUUUCACUCCUGAUUUGAUUGUUCCUGGGUUUUUCCAUUUUGUCUUUGUUUACAAAACAGAGAUAGUAAGUAUAACCAAAUACAGAUGAGCUGAAGGUCUGAUCUCAAGCCCAAGCAUUGGCAAAAUCAAAUAAGUUGUCAGUGAAUGCAACAUAAUCAGCUAUUAUAAUUUUCAUUUAUUUUGUUUCAUUUCUCUGAUUGUAUCAAGAAAACCAUUCCUCGACUGUUUGACCAAACAUUAUACAAUAGUUACCAUUAGGUAUUCUUUACUUAACAGUAUCUUAAAAGAUUGAGCUAUUAAAUGUGUAGCUUCAUAUUGUAAGCUUAAUUAAGCAGUAAGGAUUCCUAUAAAGGAACAGGAACAAAGAUUCCCCUGGCUGAUUAUAAUCAUACAUUGUAGGUAUCAUAAUAUUAACUGGUAGGAGUAUGUUUCAAAAUAAAGAUUUCUAACUUUC